AGGCCGGCGUCGCUCUGUUAAGGUUUCCGGGCAACUCUACCGCAAUAACGGUGUGCAGUCUCAACCGAUUCUUAGCCAGAUAGCGCGAUUAAAGCUGAAUGAGAUAAAAGUACUCCCGGGAGAGUGCACACUAUUGAGCUAUUUGAAGUGUCAAAGCUACCAACUGACGUUUUAUUUCCCCUCCAUCUUCGCGGAGCUUGAAAAGUAAAAAUGGCAGACCAGCUGACUGAGGAACAGAUCGCAGGUGAGUACAUAGCACAGCGAUGCUUUUAUCUUUAGCAGCUCUGAGGUGAUGGCGAGAUGAUCGACUGCGGAGGAUAAACGCUUAGCCUGCGGUUGUCACUUGGUAUUCUCUGACAAGCUGGUUGACAUCAUUCAGCCAAAGCGGAAAUCAGCGGGGCUAGUUCAAGGAGGCGUUCUCGCUGUUUGACAAGGACGGCGACGGAACCAUCACCACCAAGGAGCUCGGCACUGUCAUGCGCUCCCUGGGCCAGAACCCCACCGAGGCCGAGCUGCAGGACAUGAUCAAUGAGGUCGAUGCCGAUGGUAAUGGGACAAUUGAUUUCCCGGAGUUCCUGACAAUGAUGGCGAGGAAGAUGAAGGACACAGACAGCGAGGAGGAGAUCAGAGAAGCAUUCAGAGUCUUUGACAAGGAUGGCAAUGGCUACAUUAGCGCAGCAGAGCUACGGCACGUCAUGACCAACUUGGGGGAGAAGCUCACUGAUGAGGAGGUCGACGAAAUGAUCCGGGAGGCUGACAUUGACGGGGACGGUCAGGUCAACUACGAGGAAUUUGUCCAGAUGAUGACCGCCAAGUGAAGAGAAGGCUGAUUUAUCUCUUAAACGUUGCUUGUCCUUUUAAGAUCACUGUCUUUAAGAACAAAAAGGAACAUUUAUCAGCUGAUAACCCCCCCGAUCCCCCUAAAAGAACAAAACCAAACAUUUCAUGUAGAAUUUGGCCAAUAUUGCUUAAUACAGCCAUGUACUUCUGAGGUAUCUGUUAAGCAUACACCUACAGACUAAUCCCUGAAGAAGUUAAUGGACCAAGCUUAAAGAGGGCCAACGGCCUUUUACUUCUGACCAAGAUUCUACAGUCACCUGGCUCAUGAAUAUUUUAGAGGAAAGCAGCGCUGCCACUGUAAGGGGGAUUGUGAUAGGAACUGAUGCCACCGAUCACUUUAGAGAAGUCGGUCAUUUAAAAUCUCUCCGCUUCCGUAAAGAACCACGCUGCUAUACUAGCAUCAGUGGUGAUUCUCUCAAUACCAAUUUGACUACUCUUCUUGCAUGCAGCCGUUCUGUGGUGGUCUCCUGUCUCGACAAGGUGGUUCUGAUCCCAUCAGCGGUAGUGGUCAGAUAUUGUACACAGUGGAGGUAUAUACUUUCAUAUAUAGCUAUAUAUCUGUAAAAAAAUAAAUUAAAAAAUGUCACUGUCACUUGGUUAUUUCAAGAGCAAGUAGUUGCAAUCUGUGGUGUUCAUUGGUGCUUGAUUCAAAAUGAGCAUUUUCAAAUGUUUGGGUCAGAAUAAGAGACUGAUCCCCAGCGGGGUGUUCUCUUGUUUUGAGAUGGUGGCUUUAUACGUUGCCACGGAAACCGAGCGGAGACGCUAGCUUGACGUGUUGCUUUGAGGCUGAUUGUUGUGAAGAUGCUCUGGAGGACUGCUGUUAAUACAUUUAUUCUGCAAACAGAUAUCCUGACGAUACAGUAUUGAUGUAAUGCUUUCAAAAUGUAUUCCCAAAUAUGUAUUGAAGACAAACUUUGGUCACAAAAUGUCUCGUUCACUAUAUAUAUAUGCACAGUGUAUUGGUGUGUCGUAAAGUUUGCAUUGCCUGUUGUAGUAGUAAAUGACCAGUGCUCUGUUUUCUCUUUGGUUUUAAAAUGUGCCAUAACGCUCCCCAAAUGCCUCAACCUUCUCGCAAGAUUCCUAGAAAAAUAUAUACACUAAACUACUUACACUAGAAUAUGUGACAGAUUUGCACUUGGUAUAAAUCAUAUGGAUAUUGCAAAAAGAAAACAAAAUUUGACUGCUGCAAUAACUUGCUUUUCUCUAACUUCUCAUUCUUGUUGGCUGUCCCAUCAUUAGUUUAUAGUCCAGUGAUUUCACUUUCAACCUGCUUGCUUGUUUUACUCAACAGAAUACAUGUACUGUAUAUUUACAAAUACCUAACGUAGUCAACGGUCUCAUGAAACAUGAUAAGGGGUUGUAGCAAUCUAUUGGACUGGGUUCAGUGUUUUAACAGUGGAGGUGAGUCAUCGUUUGAGGGAUGGAAACGUAAUACCACUCAGAGACAUUUCAGUCAGUGAUGUUUGAUUCUGAUAUGAGGAAGUAAAUGGUAAUGGACUGUUAGCUUCUGAUGAUGUCUCUAAAGAUGUGAUAUAUUUUCCAUAAGUCAAUAAACUGAAUGAGCUUUACUUCA